AUGUUGGACUUGAAUCUCUCCGUGUUUGCUGCCGAAUCCGAUGGGAAUGAAGCUGUCUGGAAGAAGUUUCGUGAAUUCUCCGGCGGUCAAGUGGAGGAUUCCGGUACGUCGAAUUCUUCUUCGAUCGUUAAUGUCGAUUCAUCCAGCACCGCCGCGGAGGACGACUCCUGCUCUGAGUAUCGGUUUGAAGGCUGUCCGAUCAGUUUUGAGAUAUUGAAGAGCGGCGGCGCUGAUCGAAAUGACUGUGAAGAGAGUGAGGAUCGUUGCAAUUUCUUGACUAAAGAACUCUUUCCUAUUACGACUGUUGGUGAAUCGUCGUCGAGUACAGUGCGGAGAGAACAGUGGUUGGACCUGGCGGUGGCGGGAAACUACCGCGCUCCGGCGGAGACGAGGAUCGUUGCUCUGCAGCAGAGACAGCUGGUAAAGAAAAGUAGAAGAGGACCGAGGUCGCGGAGUUCUCAGUAUCGUGGCGUCACUUUCUACCGGAGAACUGGACGAUGGGAAUCUCACAUUUGGGAUAAUGGGAAACAAGUUUAUCUAGGGGGUUUUGACACUGCACAUGCUGCUGCUAGAGCGUAUGAUCGUGCUGCUAUCAAGUUCCGUGGACUUGAGGCAGAUAUUAAUUUUGAUGUCAGUGAUUAUGAAGAAGAUCUCAAGCAGAUGAAAAACUUGACCAAGGAAGAGUUUGUUCACAUACUUCGUCGCCAAAGUAAUGGGUUCUCCAGAGGCAGUUCAAAGUACAGGGGGGUCACACUGCACAAAUGUGGACGCUGGGAAGCUCGAAUGGGGCAAUUUCUUGGCAAGAAGUAUAUUUACCUGGGACUCUUUGACAGUGAGAUAGAAGCUGCAAGGGCAUAUGAUAAGGCUGCUAUUAAAUGCAAUGGAAGGGAAGCAGUCACAAACUUUGAACAAAGCUUAUAUGAAGAGGACUUGAUUUCUCGGGCAGAUGAAGGAGGGCAUAAGUAUGAUCUGGAUCUCAACCUGGGUGUUGCUGCUUCCCCUGAUGUUGGUUGCCCAAGUGAGAAUGUUUAUAUGCUAGGCCUCAAGGACCAAUGUAGCCCCAGUUUUGUGUUUGAGCAAGCCGGAGCAAGGAACUUUGAUGUGGCAGCACUCAAUAAUCAACUGUCACAUGGCCAUUAUAAAGUGUCCAAGAACUCUCCCUCACAGAAUGUCAUGAUUUCCAGUUUAGUUCCCACCCACAAGGGACCAGCAAUAGAGAAGAGUAUGGAACUUGCUUUCCCGCCAAACUUGGCGUGGGAAAAUCAGCAUCCUUAUAUUGGGGUUGCUCAAAGACUCUUCUCUACUGCAGCAUCAUCAGGAUUCGUCAAUACCAUCCCUGCAUCUUCAUCAGCAGUUAUCCAUCAGCCAAUAUUUCUAAGGUCAACGGCAUCCCUACCCCAUCACUCCUUUGCACCAUUGACAAAUGUGGAGAACAUACCGAAUUAUCAUCACUUUGGGAGCUGA